AUGACGAGUGAUGAUAACUUCUUCUUUGGCUAUUUAGCUUGGGUUCCUACCAACGUGACAAAAUACUCCAACGAUCUGGCAAACUCGAUCGAUAACCAUGUUGAGAAUGCAGCUUUCUCCAUUCGCGAAGCUUUAUCCAAGCAGUCAUGGAUCCCUGCAUCCAUACGGCCGCCUCCGCCGAACCCUAAGUUCUUCUCGGAUACCUUCCUGCCUCCAAAAUCUAUGUUUGAAAGAUGCCAGGACUGGGUCGCGACACAUCGAGUAUUAACUGUAUCAGCAUUAGCGUUCGUUGGGACGGGCGGUGCCUUAUUAUAUGGACAGCGGAAAUUUCAAGUUAGACGAAGAAGAGCUCGACGUGCUGGCACUGGAGCUCGAAAAGAGAUAGUUGUAAUAUCUGGCUCACCUCACGAGCCCAUGACAAGAUCGAUUGCCUGCGACCUUGAGAAACGGGGGUAUAUUAUCUUCGUUACUGUUACAUCAACAGAGGAACAACACGUCAUCGAGAGUGAAGCGCGAGAGGAUAUUAGGCCGUUAUGGUUUGACCUCUCACAAACUCCAGCAACUCCGUCGGACAUACAUCCUUCCCUCUAUGUGAUACAAUCCCUGAUUACCCAUGCGCAGACUCCAUCACCUGGGGUACCGGCCCAUUCCUGUCAGCUAAGCGCUGUUAUUCUCAUACCUUCCCUCAACUACCCUACGGGCCCGGUUGCAGCUAUCCCAGCGUCCAGCUGGGCUGACACGAUCAACACGCAUCUCUUAUACCCUAUCCUCACCACUCAAUUCAUCCUCCCUCUCCUCACGCUUAAGUCGAACACCGCUUCCGUCGUCUUCGUAUCUCCAGCCAUUCAAUCCGCCCUCUCCGUUCCAUUUGCUAGUCCCGAAGUAGUGACUACACGCGCUAUAUCCGGCUUUGCUACAAGCUUACGGCAGGAGCUGGGUCUAUUAGUUUCAUCGAAUGGCAAUUCUAGUGGCGUUGUUGAUGUUGUCGAGGUGAAAAUCGGUAACAUUGAACUUGGUCGCCAAUAUCGACGUGGACAAAGACAUAACAACAAAGGAACAGAACUCCUUACAUGGAAACCGCACGAGCGGGCUCUUUAUGGGUCUCCUUACCUCUCGAGCAUUGACUAUCGCCUGGGAAACCCUGUAAAUAUAGCCCCGAAGUCUAGUCCGGCGCGAGAGUUACAUUACGCAAUCUUCGAUGCAAUUGCUCCAGCUAAAAAGACCAUUUUUGGAUGGUGCAAAAAGAAGCCUCGCACUAUUUAUGUUGGUCGAGGCUCGAUUGCAUACAGCAUCAUUUCGCGAAUCAUCCCUGGUGGAAUGGUUGGAUGGAUACUUGGUCUGCGACCUAGCUCUCUUGAUACCUAUGCUGAACCACCACCGGCCGACGAAGUCAUUGCAAGCAGCAGCGAGGCAGGCUGGGAGAAAGUUGCAGGUGCCUAA